AUGUCCUUGGAUGACAUUAGGAUGAGCUCUACCGAAUUCCUGAAGCAGGAGGACCUGGACAGCGGGGGCUUCGGGAAGGUGUCUCUGUGUUUACACAGCUCCCAUGAACUCGUGGUCCUGAAGAAGGUGUACACGGGCCCCAAGCGCACCGAGUACGACGAGGCCCUCCUGGAGGAGGGCAGGAUGAGGCACAGGCUGCGGCACAGCCGCGUGGUGAAGCUGCUGGGCGUCAUCAUGGAGGACGGGAACUACUCGCUGGUGAUGGAGUACGUGGAGAAGGGCGACCUCAUGCGCGCGCUCAAGGCCCAGAUCAGUAUCCCUCUCUCUGUGAAAGGAAGGAUAAUUAUGGAGACCAUUGAAGGAAUGCGUUACUUACACGGAGAAGGUGUGAUACACAAGGACCUCAAGCCUGAAAAUAUCCUCGUCGAUGGUGACUUUCACAUUAAGAUAGCUGACCUUGGCCUUGCCUCCCUUAAGACGUGGAGUGAGCUGAUGAAAGAGGAGCUUACUGCGCAGAGGAGAGGAAACAGCACCACGAAGAACGGCGGCACCCUCCACUACAUGGCCCCCGAGCACCUGAACGACGUCAGCUCGAGGCCCUCCGAGAAGUCGGACGUGUUCAGCUUCGCCAUAGUGCUCUGGGCCGUCUUUGCCAACAAGGAGCCGUAUGAAAAUGCUGUCUGUGAGCAGCAGCUGAUAAUGCGCAUUAAAUCUGGGAGCAGGCCGGACGUGGAGGACAUCACUGGGCACUGCCCGCGGGAGGCCGUCAGCAUCAUGGAGCAGUGCUGGGCGGUGAAUCCAGAAGAUCGGCCGACGUUUGCUGGCAUUGAAGAGAAAUUUAGGCCUUUUUAUUUAAAUCAAUUAGAAGAACAUGUAGAAGAGGAUGUGAAGAGUUUAAAGAAAGAGUAUCUGGGCCAAAAUGAAAUUGUAAAGAGAAUGAAGUCUCUCCAAAUUGGUUGCGUAGCAGUGUCUCCAAGCAGGUCAAAUUCAGCCACAGAACAGCCCAGUUCGCUGCACAGUUCACGGGGAUUUGGGCUGGGUCCUGUGGAGGACUCCUGGUUCGCUCCCUCCCCAGAGCAGCAGCAGCAGGAGGAGGAGGACCUCCUGCUGCACAGUAAACUCCAGGAGGAGGCCAACUACCAUCUUUAUGGCAGCCGCAUGGACAGGCAUACGGAAGAGCAGCCCAGACAGAAUGUGGCUGACAGGAGACAGGAAGAGAGGAGACGGCGGGUCUCCCAUGACCCUUUUGCACAGCAGAGACCUUAUGAGAAUGCUCAGAACCCAGGGCUGAAAGGCCUUGCUUAUUCCGGUGCAACCAAUCAUGGUAGUGUGGUACAGCAACCAGCAGGGCUAACCAGCCAGCCCCAGUUACCACACUGGAGAAAUGGAUUGUGUACAUCACUCGGUUUUGGAGCAAGACCAGUGGAUCUGAGAACCGCAGGUCCAGGAGUUUGGGAUGGGCCAAAUCCAGGCCACAUGCCAAGCCUGUAUAAAACUCCAGUGCCUGAGACCAACCUACUGGGAAACACACCCACCAUUCCAUUCAGCUCCUUCCCAUCAAGAGAUGAGUCUUUAAAAUAUGGCAUAUACAACUGUUCUGGCGUUCAGAUUGGAAACAAUAAUUUUAUGGAGAUUGGCGGAAUGAGUCCAUUGGUACUGGACAGCACGUACAUGAACUUGAAAGAAGACCCAGCUUCUAAGUACCGAGAUAUCUUUGAUAAUACCACUAGUCUGACUGAUAAACACCUGGACCCAGUCAGAGAAAAUCUGGGCAGGCAGUGGAAAGACUGUGCCCGUAAGCUGGGCUUCUCCCAAUCUCAGAUUGAUGAAAUUGACCACGACUAUGAGCGAGAUGGACUCAAAGAAAAGGUUUACCAGAUGCUCCAAAAGUGGCUGAUGAGGGAAGGCAGCAAGGGGGCCACCGUGGGAAAGCUGGCCUUUGCGCUCUACCAGUGUUCCAGGCUAGACCUGCUGAAUCACCUGACACACAGCAGCCAGAACUAAGCCCACAGGGGCUCCUGCAGCAGGAGGCCCUCUCCUCACUCGGUGAGCGCACCGAAAGCCUGCUGCCUCAGAAGGUUCAGAAUUCUUUCCUCACUGAUACGGGUUCUGUGCGUAAAAAUCAUUUCCUGCCUUUCAUAGCUGGAGGAUGGGAAAAGAAAUCUACAGCAAACAACCCACUACACAGGAAGACCUAUUCAUGGCCAAGGUCCAAUCAAAACAGAAGCCUAAUAGCGUUUUGAAAGGGAGAGAGAUUCAAGGGAGAUCAUUUUCUUUCAGAUUAUUCCAUAACCUUCAGUGAUGCUGUUCAUUCAGUUUCUUGACGUUUUGCUUGAGCAAGGAAAAAAAAAUUAAUAUUUUAGAAUAUAAACUAAAUCAGCUUUCUAAUUCUGCACUGUCUUCUCUACAUAGGCUCCUGUUGUAACCGAAGCACUGUAAAAUGCUGCAUUCUCGUCAAAUGGGAUUUUUUUCUAUCACAACCACAGUUCAUUCCAAAAUUAUAGGGUCUCUUAACUUCAGGAUCAAAUUCUGUGUCAGUCACUACAGGCUUCAGGAGUUAUAUGCUAUCUUCACUCUGUAAAUUAACGGAAGCGAUUUUAAGGAGUACAGACAAGGGGGGAAAAAUAGAGAACAAAAAUAGGAGACUUUCCCAGGCUGUCAUUGCACAGAAUUGCUACUAAUUCUGACGAGUACAAAGGUUCUUUCCUAGCAUUCUGACACUUCAGGUACUUUUCCAACCUGCGUGCCCUGAAGAGGGAGCAGGUGUGCUGGGAGUAUUGAUCGCUUCACCCCUGGCUACGACUGGAGCCUCAGGGCAGAUCAGUGUUGAGCAGCUUCCUCAGUUUAUCCCAGGGUACUGUAGAAAUAAUUUCAUUUCUUUCUGUGAGCUAGGCUGUAAAAGGACAGGUUCCGAGUCUGCUAGCUGUGCCUGUAGCACUCAACCUUUCAAAGCCCGCCUGAAACCAAGAAGGAGUGAAGGCACUCGAGGGCUAGGAGACUGACGUGACCAGGCCACCCAGCAUCACCGCCCGCCCUUUGCUCGGCAGAGCAGGUGUGCCACUGUGCUCAGCCCUCCCGGGAGGGAGGCACACAGGGUGCGGUAAGGCCAUCUGGCUGCCAGAACAGAUCCUAGUGUUUGGUGGGUUCAUAACAGUACUGUUGGUUCUGAUUCUAAAUCUCCUCCAGUCAGUGGUACUGUAAAGCAGAAUUUCUUCACCUUGGCACUAUUGGCAUCUUGGGCCACGUAGCUCUUCGUUGUGGAGGGCUGUCCCGUGCAUCGUAGGGCAUUUGGAGGCAACCCUGGCCUCUCCCUGUGAGAUGCCAAUAGUGCUUUUCUCCCCCUCCUCCCAUCUCUAGUUGUGACAAACAGCAAUGUCUCUGGACAUUUCCAGAUGUUCCCUGGAGGGGCAAAACUGCCCUAGUUGAAGACAGCACUGCUAUAAAGUAGUGAACCUGUUUUCCUAUCCACACAUAUCCAGGCUCACUACUUGGUUGCCACACAGCAUUGGAUCACAUGGCCCAAAAGGAAAACUGGAGGGGCAGACAGUCCCAGGCUUGCUGGAGGGGACUGGAUGAUUUCUUUUCUAAAUGCAUCCCUUGUGCCUCUCUUCUAAAUUCCAAAGAGGUUGCAUGAUCAAUGUUCAGAGGCAAAAAGCGUAAGAUAUCUUUAAGGGACUUUUUAAAAUAAAAUUUUGUACCUCAAAUGUAA